GAUGAAGACUACCUCAGCGGAAUACAGUAGCAGAAGUGCUCCAGCAAAGGAGGUGACGCCUUCUAGCCCCUCAUCGUCGCUGGUGGAACCCCUACUACUAGUGGAAAUUCGAAACAGAGAGCAAGAUGAAGUGGACAAAGGAUUAGUCAUUUCGCCCUGCUCUUCUAGCCGCGGUUCAGUACGACGACCGUUGCCGCCAGUCACCAUUGACUGGAAGCCUACCACAGGGUUGCGUGGCUUGUGUGCACUGCAGAUCAUGAUUGGCCACUUCUUCUUCGGUGCCGCGCCAAGAUCUUUGCGUGCGGUUUGUAAUGACCCAGGGAUCGGCGACGAUGCUUACACGGUGCUAAUCGCGAUGGACCAGCCUGUGGCGUUGUUUUUCCUUCUGUCGGGACUGCUGUAUGGGGUCUUGUACUAUGACAAAUUCGACUUUGUUCAAGACGAGGAAGAUGAUGUGGAAGCGACUUCUUCUAGUUCUUCUUCUAGUUCUACUCCUACAACCACGGAAAGGAAGAUGCAAUCAAUAGGAAAACAAGGGUAUCAGAAGUGGACGACCUUUGUGAAGAAACGGUUUGUGCGCUUGACACCAGCGUGGUAUGCGGCACUCCUUUUCAUGAUGCCCUUUUACUUGCCAGACCGCAACCUACCAACUGAAACAAAAGUGGAGGGAACGGUUACAGCAUUCACUUAUGUGUGAUUUGAUUCUGAGUAGUGGAAAACCAAAAGCAAUACACGGACCACCACUGCUGUGAAAAGGCUCGAAAGCUACAAGAGUGACCCCCAAAUGCAGGUGGUGAGUAUUGCAAAUUUUGCGAAAUAAUUCUUCCUACCUAUUCCGAGCACUACAGUGAGACGGCUCCUUCUGCAAACAUGCCAUCCCCAAUUGCAGGAGGGAAGUAUCGCAAAAUUUGCAAAAUUCGUAUUUUGGUGCGUUUUCAGGACUACAGUUUUCAAGACGAUGCAUUGAAAUUGUUUUCACGCGAACUGGUAACUCCCUUACCUGCAAAGCGUCCUCACUUCCACUCAACCUGCUCUAACUCCCUUACCUGCAAAGCGUCCUUGGUCCCCCUGACGGUUUUCCGCACGUUGUGCCGCCACCUCACGGACCUGGAUGGCAGAUAUCUGCAUUCAUGCUUAGCUAUCUCUUUCUACCUUUCGUCUUUUUCCUAGUACGACGUUCGACGUGGUCAUUGCUUGGUGCGGCUUCUUCUGUGAAGGAUGCGAAAGAAGGCGUAAGAGACAAGCGACUACAACAACAUCAAAAUAUGGGUGGUGACACGGGAUUGCUUAUGGGAGUCGUUUUUUAUGCUCACUGCCACUGGAUCGUUAUUGCUCACCAAGAGAUGAUGCUAAAUUUGCUUUUCUAGGAUCACUCAGACCACUACCAGGAGCACUGCGAAAUCUUCUUCUCCCCAUCAAUCUUCUUCUAAUCCUAUUCCUAUAUCCUGAGCAUUGUGCUUAUGCGCCAUUUUGCUGCGACAGUCUCGAUUGGCAUAACACAUUCGUUUUUCGUGGUUCGGUUUCCGAACGUAGUGAUGGGCAUCUUUUUGGGCAUGCUCAUGAAGCGAAGAACGAUGGUUAAUACUAUAGGCGCCUCAACAGACGAGGAGUCCUACUGUUUCACGCAUGUGCUACCGACACUGAACUCUUGGAUGGUAAGUGCUUGCUGCAAGGUGCAGCAACUCUACAGAGUCGCUCUGGAGAGGAUAGAAAGCUACAGAAGUACUAGUGGUGCAGAUGAAUUACAAGAUGACAGCAGGACCUCCUCCUGUUACGAUGCAAUCUUAACAUCAACUCUCGACUACCGCAGAAGGAGCGAAACUAGUACUCCUGCCAGCACCAGCAAUACCACAUCAACGACUACGACUAGUUGUAGCCAUUUAUUUCUCGACGUCACCCUAGCGGUCUACUGCUUUUACAAUGUUAUUAUAGUCCCAGUUUUUCGAUUUGAUGGCGAUAUCUACCUCCAGUUUUAUCUUCUUCCGCUCUACUGCGUCUGGCUGUGGCAUCUGGUGCUUGUAGACGAAGAAGACUCCUCCACAAGUAUCGCACGAGACGUGGUAUUGACUCAUUCAGUCCCUUAAGGCUUCAGAAGCAUCUUCUUCUUCACCCUUAGGAUUCACCUUCAGAAGCAUCUUCACCUUCAGAAGCAUCUUGGGUCACCCAUUUUAACGUCAUUCAGGGCAAAACGUUUUGUUUCUACUUGAAAACGGAGCCAACAAGGGUGGCCUCAGUCCCCCAACAUCAACUACGAGAUUGGUCUAAGUCCGCCAACAUCAACUUGGAGCUCUAAGUCCUCCAACAACUCGGAGAUUGGUCGUAUGCGCUUUACUGUCUGCACUGGCCCGCCUAUUACUGUUUCACGUGGAUGCUGACGCCUGGCACUGAAUAUGUUACGAUCUGGGACGUUGAGGUGAUCAAGUAAACAUCAAUGUCAUUUAAGUUCUGUAUGAUCUACUUCAGGAGGAAAAACUACAAGGUCAAAUACACCAAGAACUCAGAACUCUGAAGAUGGUGAAUCUACCGAAUUCAAGCACUCGAGGACCUGGACCCCUAGACGCUCUGGCUUCAGUAUUUGUACUCCUCCUCAUCUUUUUUAGACAAUCUAGUCCAGUUCAUUCUACUCGUCCCUCUAUCUUUACUAGAUUUAGUAUAGAUAUUUCUAUUUUUUCUUUUUGUGUAUGGCUCUGGUAUUUGGUAACCUGAAUUUGAUCCUAAGGGUUCUCUACUUGUUUUCCCUUACGAUCAAACUCAGGUUACCAAAUACCGGAGUCAUUCAUUUUGUCCUUUACUCCUUCUAAAACCUUGUGGCAUCGAUGUCUCGGAUUAUCGCAAGGCAACGGGUGUUUCGGCAUGCAGUACUACCAUCUGCCGUUCGCACUUGGUUUCACAAUCAUUCUAGGAAAGGGUUUCUCCGAACACUGCGAAAAACCGUUGGGCAACUACCUGGAGAAGAAAAUUGUGUAAAAGAAGGAGGUGAGCGUGAGCUACUUACAUUAGAAGUAGACUGGAGGAAGAAUGAGGAGAAAGUAGAGGUUCUAGUUAGGAAGGCACUACAUUAGUGCGUGGACUAGAAGAAAGAGGACAUCCAGAUAUUAGCAGUAGUCCUCGUGGUCAACCAAGUGGUUGACUCAACUUGGAGUGGUUUCUAAAAGUACCCAUAGAAGUACAAGUAGUCUACGUAUGGCAUGCACAACAUUGAUGUUGGUCCAUCAUCCAACAUCCCCACCAAAGGCAAAGCCUGCUACGGAGAUAGCAGUUGUAGAGAUUACGUAGAAAAUUCUGAUUCACCAACAUCGCCAGGAUCAGAUUAGGCGUAACCGGUUCAUUUUUCCCUCAUUUUCAUCCUAAGUUAGUCCCGCCCGUCAACAUACUGGGCAACGCCGGCAAUCGAUACCGCUGAUUUCUGCAAUGAAGAGGUGACUCCAUCUUCGUGAACGGAAAUUUUAGGUAUAUAUAAGUACAAGUGAAAGUAGGAUAGGAACACUACUGCUCAAGGACGCGCUAGAUACCUGCUUUACAGUUUUUUUUUUUCCGGCAACUGCGUGCUCUGUCUUCACUGUUACAUCCUUGACGACGCAACAAGGGGAUCAUGAUCAGCGUAGAAGAUCAAGGGAGACUCUCGGAAAAGUCAUCAUUUCUACGAUCAUCACUGCAAAGAUCACCGCUAAGACCACGUCUCCUUUCGCAGAUAACUAAAAGAAAAAUCCCUAAAAGAAAGAACACAAACUACACCACUAUGGAGGACUUCGUUCGUUCAUAAUUCUAGAUUUACUCAUUUUCAGCUUCAAUUGACAUUCUUGACUUAAUCCUAAGCCGAAACCAACCACCUCGAAACCAUUUUUCUUUUAACCCUAGAAGUAGAAGGCUUACCUUGUCAGACUGAAAAACUUUUUGUUCCAACAAAGAAGACC